AUGACUAUCAAAACGACGGCUAGACUAUCAACUGCAGCCUACCUCGCACUGUCUCUCCUUUCCAAUGCUAUCGCUGCGACAGACCUUCGCUAUGUUCCAGCAACAAUCGAUGGAGAGAGGCUGCUUGUCAGAGACGACAGACAGCCUGCCUUGUUCACUGCAGACUAUGGCGACUGUCUGGGUGGCAGCAGUCUCAUCAAUGUCACUCGUUUCGAGGCUGCCUAUUAUAAAGAUAACAUGACUGUCGCGUUUCAUCUUGGCGGAUACACAGACCUGGCGAAAGAGGAUAUCAUGAUGUUUCUUGGUGUUUAUGCCUACGGCGAGAGUCGCUUCGAGCUGACCUUCAAUCCCUGCAAUGCCAACAUUUGGAGCGCAUGUCCACUGCAAGCCGGAGUUCCUAUCGAAGCGGCCGGGUUCAUACCAGUCAGCCCAAUGGAUGUUUCCGGCAUACCCGACCUCGCUUUGACGAUUCCUGAUUUCGAAGGCGAGUCUGUACUGAGAAUUUUCUCUAACUCCACUCAAACCGAGAUCGGCUGUUUCGCUGCGCAGAUCACGAACGGCAAUACCUUCGAACACCGAGCGGUUGUGUCAUCCACUCUUGCAGCAUUUACCAUCUUCGCGGCGCUAUCCUCCUUCGCCACGGUCGCAUACUACGACUCGACAAUAAGUACACGCAACCACUACGCACACUCUUGCUCUGUACUCGUUGUAUUUGCUGUAUGGCAUCACAUCUUCUACAGUGGAGCUCUUUCGGUGAACUGGCCAACCGUUUUAAUUGCCUUCUGGAGCAACUAUGCUUGGGCUGGUGGCAUGAUCAGUCUUGAGCGGAUGCAGAGUGUCAUUAACUGGUUCGUCGGCACGGCCAAAUCAUCUACCAGUGGCACUAUCGCAAGCAUAGAAUCGGCGUACAACAUCCACGAGAUCUACAAGCGAUAUGCUUCCUCCAAAGCUUUUGAAAUCGAGGACCUUGUUCAGCGAAGUGUUACCGGCAUCCUAGCCAGUCGACUUGCCAACACCAUUAACAUAGAAGCCUCUGUCGACACGGGCACUGCGUUUAGGUUCUACGGCCGAUCCAUCAAGCCAGGUGUGCCAUUACCUGGCGACCAUUUUGGCUUCGCAGGUACCCUGGCCAAACAAAGCAUACCAGCUGUCAAUGCCUUCACAACUGGCCUGAUCUGGUUCCUUAUUUUGGUUGCCAGCGUAAUCUUCGCCGUCGUCUCCUUCAAACUUCUGCUCGAGGGGUUAUGUCACCUAAAGCUGAUUAGGCAUAACUGCUGUGCGUACUUCCGUGGACACCUCGGUGGCUAUGUAUUAAUCUCCGCCCUGCGAACUCUGCUUAUCGGCUUCUUCACGAUUACUUUCCUCGCAAUCUCGCAAUUUUCCUUCCUCGUUUCCGCCGGACCUGCAGUACUUGCUUGUAUUGUGCUCCUUGGAUUCCUGCUAGGACUCGGUGGCAUCGCAUGUUGGGCUUGUAUCUCCAAGUACAAGCACAGCUAUCACAUAUCCGAGCCAGACCGCAUCAACCUAGAAAAGAUCAAGAUUCUCAAGUUCCUACCUUGGUGCCGACUGUCGCGCCAAAGCGACUUACCACGCUCAGGAGACAAGGUGUACAUCGGCUCGGUUCCAUGGUGGAGGAUCAGCACCUUUGCUGAAGACAAGUCAGUUCAUCAUGACAGCGACUUCACGAAGAACUUCGGCUGGCUCGUUUCUAGGUUCCGCCGAACAAGAUGGUGGUUCUUCACUGUCUGGCUUUUGUAUGAGUUUAUCCGUGCUUGUUUCCUGGCUGGAGCAGCUGGUCAACCCAUGGUCCAAGUCUUUGGCUUACUUGCCGUGGAAGUAGUUGCCCUGCUAGGGCUUAUAAAACUGCGACCAUUCGAAGGUCAACGGCUCAAUGUUGUUGUCGUCUACUCUUUGGGCUUCAGCAAAGUCGUAACCGUUGCACUUUCGGCGACGUUCAUGACGAGGUUUGACCUACCACGAAUCCCAGCCACAGUCGUUGGAAUCAUCAUCAUCGUCAUCCAUGGCUUUUUGACAAUUGCGGUGCUGGUUGCGGUCAUCAUCGGCGCCAUCACGAGCUACAUGUCGAUCACGCGUAAUCAGAAUACGAUUAGGCCGAAGCAGUGGAACCACAUGCGCACCAGGUACCUCCAGCAUGUCGAGUCUAGAUCGCACGACAUACCACGCCCGCGACACACACGGGCUCGUUCCGAGCAUGAAUUGCAAAGCGGUCCAUACUUUUACGUCAACGAAGUGAAGCGACUACCAAAGGUCGAGGACGAGGAUUAUGUCUUCAUGCACGAGAUCAAGACUGACCCAUACGCCCCUCAACUGUCGUUGCCGGAAAGUCAUUUGUAUGAUACAAUCGACUUGCCUCUACCUAGAACCGCCAGCAUUCAGUCUCAGAUGUCUCUCUCGAGCCUUCCGCGGCGCGCUCGUUUGCACCGCGCCAGCUGGAGCUCGCAGGAUUUUUGCACCUCGACCAUUCGUACACCUGACUUUGACAGUCGUCCAACGAGCAGGAUACUGCAUCGACUCAACACGGGGACCGAUAGCUGUGAUGAUCUACAACAGCAACGUUUUGAGUCCGAUUGA